AUGCGCAUCGUCAUAGUUCCCGGCAACGGCUGCGACAACAUCCUCGACGCCAACUGGUACGCGUGGCUCGACAAGCGGCUGCGCGACUGCGGCCGCUUUGAUGAGGUCGUGUGCGAGACCAUGCCCGAUCCGCAUAAAGCGCGGCGGUCUGUGUGGCUACCCUUCAUGCUCUCCACGCUCGGCUGCUCUCGGCCCGACACCAUAGUGGUCGGCCACAGCAGUGGCGCGGUUGCGGCGAUGCGGCUGCUGGAGGAGCACCGGCUCGCCGGAUGUGUGCUCGUUUCUGCAUGCCACACCGACCUCGGCGACGCUGGUGAGGCGGCGUCGGGCUACUACCCGCCCUCUGGAGGCGAAUGGAAGUGGUCCCAGAUUCGCAAACACGCCGCCGGGAACAUCGUGAUUCUCCACAGCGACAACGACCCGUUCAUCCCGCUUCCCGAGGCGCAGCACGUGGCCGAGAGCCUCGGCGUCCCGCUUCGUGUGCAGCCGGGCCGCUCGCACUUCUUUUCGGCGGGCGAGGACCUGGUCGAGGCCUGCCUCGCGGCGGCGGAUGCGGCCGUCUCCGCGGAGGCUAGCGGUUCGACAUGA